AUUGUAGCGUCUAAUCUGAGGCUUCAUUCCAUUCCGUCUGCUGAAUCAAGAAAGAUGAAGCUAGACGAACCAUCGGCCAUUUUGGCUGCUCGAGCGCGAUCUGUUCUUGCGCAAAUUCAGCAGCAAGCUUCAGUCACACGGGCCUUGCUGAUUGGAUUCCUCAUCUACCUGAUAAUAAACCGGAUACAGUACAUUCGAAAAACACCCAAGGUGGCCUCUGUCGGCUUCCCACCAAUCCCGUUCAUCGACUCAUACGUGGCAGCCAUCCGGUUUCUCCUCAACCCCGUCAAGCUUGUCAAAGAAGGAUCAGCCAAGUCGAAGAACGGCAUGUUUCGAAUCGCUACCCUACAAGGGGAGUACGUUCUGGUCACAGACCGCCGCAAGGUCGCAGAGUACAUUAAGGCGCCUGACAGUGUGCUCAACAUGCAAGAUGGUUCGAACGAUCAACAACAAAUUCCCUAUACUAUGGGUUACGGCGUUGGCUACAGAACGUAUCACACAUCCGUCGUCCGAGGAGUUUUGACAAAAGAGCUGGGAAUAAACACUCCAAAGAUGCUAAAUGAAGCUUCUUUGGCCCUGGACGACUUGAUCGGCUCGCCUGAAGACUAUACGCCCAUCGGCCUCUACGACAUACUCGCCAUGACCGUGGCACGUGUUAGCAGUAGGGUUUAUGUCGGAACUGAGUUCUGCCGUAACCAAGAAUACUUGAAAAACGCAGCAGACUAUGCCCAAGCUGUGGUUAUCUCAGCCGAAAUUCUUCGCCUAUUCCCAGAGUUCAUGAAGAGUUUUGUCACUCAGCUGCUCCCUGUCAUGAAAUAUCGACGCACCGGCGCCAAGUUUCUACAUCAAUACAUUCAAGAUCGUCUAGACGGUAAGCUUGACGAGGAUGGACAGAAGCCGCACGAUCUCGUCCAGUGGCUCAUCGAUGCCGCACCCCCCGUGGAGAAGACUGUCCCGCAGUUGGCAGAGCGUGUGAUGGCUCUGAAUGUGGCCUCGAUUCACACCACGACAAUGGUAUUCUCAGGUGCCCUAUACUCUCUGGCCAUGGAACCAGAGAGGUAUCUCGAGCCCCUUCGACAAGAAGUCCUCGACAACCUUGAAGAUGAUGAAAUCACUCCGGCUAUGUUGGGAAAGCUCCACAAAAUGGAUAGUUUUCUACGAGAAUCUGGUCGAUUUAACAACGCUGGUCUAAUGGCAAUGCAGAGGAACGUAAAACGAGAGUUUCGCUUCUCCGACGGAACUGUGCUGCCUCCCGGCAGCAAGGUCGGUGCCCCGAGUUUUAUUCUACACCGAGACCCCGAAGUGUAUGACGACCCGGAAAUCUUUGACGGGUUUCGAUUUAUUGGAUCCAAGUAUCAAGACUCAAAAGAAACUCUGGUAGUCAACACGACCAACAACUACCACGUGUUCGGUCAUGGAAGGCAUCCAUGUCCUGGUCGUUUCUUUGCCGUCCACGAGAUGAAACUUAUUUUCUGUUUGCUGUUGCUGAAGUAUGACAUCAAGCUUGCACCGGGUGAUGUGCCCCGUGGCAUUUUUAUCGCUACAAUGGCUAUCCCUGAUACGAGAUUGAAGGUUCAGUUCAAGGCUAGAAAGGAGUGA